GAUGAAUUAAAGGCUUACUAUACACUUGCGCCACAGUAAGCAUGGGAUGCUUCAGACAGGAGCCUUGAGUCUACUAUAAGCUAGAGACGUCUCCAAUUUAAAGAUCAAAGUCUUGCCCACUCAUUAAGGGCACGAGCAGCGCUUCGCAAAAAUUGCCCAUCUGGGAUCAUAGCAACUCCAGCUGCGGCCGUCGUUUCUCUUCGACAGGCAGCUUUCCAACUGACUCGUUGAUUCAGUAAUUUCUAGGAUGGUUCGCUCAGUGAGCCGCAGCAAGGGCUGUGCUCGUUGCUUGCAACGAAAAGUCAAGUGUGAUGAGAAACUGCCUCAGUGCUCCCAGUGCCAACGUAUGCGACGGCCUUGUCCGGGGCCACAGACGGGCACAAUCUUUGUCCAUGCGGUGCAAACGGAACGCGGCCCAAAGGCCGAAAAGAAGCUGCAGGUACAAGUUGCACCUACGUAUCAACAAGUCCCGAUAACCAGUGCGGCAAUUAGACAAUUCGAAUGUGCCCGAAGAACUGCGGGCGAGUCUCCAACUAUAUAUCAGCCCUCAGUUGCUCCGGCAUUCGACCAGUUAUUUCUGUCAACUUUUAUCGAUUCGUUUGCCAAACCUAGCGCUGGCUCUGGUCCUCACCAGUCAUGGAUGAAUCACCUACAUGAAUUUCUGAAUAGCGGAGACGCUCCAAUCAGACAAUCAAUACGAGCCGCGGCAACGGCGUACCAUGGCAGAGUAGCCCAAAAUGCAGCUGCUUUACGCGCAGCCGAGCAUUGCUACGUUGCGGCUCUACGAAGCCAACGCUCUAGACUUACCCCUUAUCUGAAUUCUCCUAGUUCUCCCUACAUACCUGAUGAUCAGGAGGUCUUUACAUCAAUGAUGCUGCUGUACUUUGAGCUCAUAAGUCCAUCCUCGACCGCAAGUUGGCUUAAACACUUACACGGAGUUACCAGCCUGCUUCAGCUACGAGGCCCGGAAAGUUGUCAGGCUGGUGGAUUGCAUCUGCUGUUUCGUUCUUUACGAUUACUCGAGGCGUUUUCGUCGUUUCGAAACCGAAGAUUGUCAGCAUUCGCAUCCGAAGAAUGGCGCACCAUUCCUUUUGCAGUAUCUGGAAAAAAUGACAUGGAUAAGCUCAUCGAUAUCCUUUUGGUGCUCCCAAAUCUUUUGAAGUCCGGGGGACUCGACAGCGACUCUUCCAUUCAUACAAAACCUGCUGUUUCCGUGGAAGAGCUUUCUGCUGAGUUGAGUGUAUACAAAGAGCGGUACAUACAGAGCAUUCUUCUUGCCCAUGAAACCAGUCGUAGGAUGAACGAAUGCCCCGAUGAAGAUGAUGAGGCAGAUGAUUGCCUUGAGUGUAACACGUGGAUUGAUGGGGGCGGUGACUUUUGCACAGCGAUGCCGGAGGCGUUGUUCUAUUCCGCUAGAAUCCUUGUCGAACAUGUUGCAUUUGGGGAGAACCUUGAAUCUUGCGAAGAGCGCCUCAUAGGGGAACAACUGCUCUAUGCGUCUCUUCUGUUCAGGAUUGCGGAGCUGGCUAAAGAAGAAGACGAAACACAACUGAAUGCUGGAGCUUGUGUACAGAUUGCAUUUUGUCUCGAAAUUGUUGAAUCUUUUGGUCUUUCAUCCGCAUGUAGGGAGAAAGCGAGAUUUCACUUGCAGCAACUGGGAUGGGGGAAUGCAAAUUUAUCAGGUUGAGGAUUUGCGUGAGUUGAUUAGUUCCACCUAAAACGAGUCAUGAACAAUUCCAAAUAAGUGUACAUUAAUAAUGCCUAAUAAU